CUAAAAAUUGGCAGAUGCCAUGGUCAAGAGAGCCUGGGCAAUUUGGUGGUCUUAUCAAGAUAGCCAGGUCUCUGAAGAGGAGGAUUCUCUUUUAGUCAAGACCAAGAGAACCAUUGACUUUCAGCUGCAUUUAAAGAAACCUCAGAAUUUAUUGAAUCCAUUUUCAAUCAAAUGAAGAAAAUAAAUCAGAGAAAUUAAAUAACAUGUCGAUAGUCACAGCUACAGUGACUCUGAUGGGAUGAUAUUGAGAUGGAAUGCCUCUUUCUUCAAGAUUUGUUCUUUGUCCUCUUGGUCCUGCUCCCCUGGCCAGUCUCAGGGAAAUUCACUGUGAUAGGACCACAACAAGUCAUUGCCCUAGUAGGCGGAGAGGCCAUAUUGCCAUGCCACCUUUCUCCCCAGAUGGAUGCCCAGGACAUGGAUGUGAUGUGGUUUUAUGGAGAGUCCUCACUACUGGUACAUCAGUAUAAAGAUAGGCAGGAUCAUCUAAAUCAUCAGCACCAAGAAUAUAAAGGGAGGACAGAAUUUCUUCGAGAUGACAUUUCCAAUGGGAGUGUGGCCUUGAAGCUUCAUCAUAUUCGUCCCUCUGAUGAGGGGAAGUACCGGUGUUUCUUUGAAAGUUCUAGUGCUUCUGGGGAAGCAGAAUACCAAGUGUAUGUAGAAGGGAAAUUCACUGUGAUAGGACCACAACAACCAGUCAUUGCCAUGGUGGGUGAAGAGGCCAUAUUCCCAUGCCACCUUUCUCCCCAGAUGAAUGCCCAGGACAUGGACGUGAUGUGGUUUUAUGGAGAGUCCUCAGAACUGGUGCAUCAUUCUAAAUAUGGACAGGAUUAUCUGAAAUAUCAGCACCAAGAAUAUAAAGGGAGGACAGAAUUUCUUCAAGAUGACAUUUCCACUGGGAGUGUGGCCUUGAAGCUUCGUCAUAUUCGUCCCUCUGAUGAAGGGAAGUAUUGGUGUUUAUUUGAAAGUUCUAAAACUUAUGGGGAAGCAGAAUACCAAGUGUAUGUAGCAGGCAAAGGCUCUGUUCCUCACAUAUACACCAAGAAUGGUGGAAAUAAAAGUCAUAAGCUGGUAUGCACAUCUACAGGGUGGUACCCAGAGCCUGAAGUGCAGUGGAGAAGAAACCAGGAAACGUUAUUGCCACAAGACACUACAAUCAAGAAGGAAGAAAAUGGGUUAUUUUCUGUUGAAACAUCAAUCACAGUUUCCAUGAAUUCCAUAGGAAAUGUUUCUUGUUUCAUUGGGAACCCUCUCCUCAGACAAAAGUUGGAAGCAACUUUUUCUCUGUCAGAUGACUUGUCUCAAAAUAAUACUCCCGGGAUUGUGAUAUGGAUUGUGAUUGGGGUCCUUGUCAUCACUGUGAUUCUCAUCCUUAUUUUUGUGAUCUGGAAGUUAAAAAAAGGCAAAGGUGUGAAUAAAAAAGAACCCGUCUCUUAUGCCUUAGUCAAGUUAGAAAAUGAAUUCGGUGUGAAUAAAGAUGAACUUGAUGUGUAUAAAGAUGAACCUGGUGUGGAUAAAGAAGAUCCUGUCUCUUAUGACUCAGUGAAGUUUCAAAAUGAAUAUGGAAUGAGAAAAGAUAUAACAGAUAGUAAUACUGACAGAUGUGACCAGGGCAGCAGAACAUUGGAGAGAAUAGAGAGCAAUCGCAUGGAGGAGCCGGAAAAUCCUGGAAAUUUACUAAAGGAACAAAGAGAAGUAGAACCUUCCUCUCCUUUGCAUCAAGAUGAGGUACAAGAAGGAGACCAGAAGGAAAUGAAAGGAAAUCUCUCUCCCUCCCCUGACACCUUGAAGAGGCCAGCUGUGAAUAAAGAAGAACCUGUCUCUUAUGACUCAAUCAAGUUUGAAAAUGAAUAUGGAAUGAGAAAAGAUGUAACAGAUAGUAAUACUGAUGGAUGUGACCAGGGCAGCAGAACAUUGGAGAGAAUAGAGAGCAAUCGCAUGGAGGAGCGGGAAAAUCCAGGAAAUUUACUAAAGGAACAAAGAGAAGUAGAACCUUCCUCUCCUUCGCAUCAAGAUGAGGAACAAGAAGGAGACCAGAAGGAAAUGGAAGGAAAUCUCUCUCCCUCUCCUGACACCUUGAAGAGGCCAGGAACGAUACAAGAUGCAACAGUGGUGAUCAAAGAUGCAACUGAUAUUAAUAAUGACAGAUGUGAGCGGGCCAGCAGAACAUUGGAGACAACAGAGUGCAAUGGCAUGCAGAAGUGGCCCAAUCCAGUAUAUAUGCAAAAGGAACAAAUAGGAAUCAAUUCUUCCUCUCUUUGCCAUUUUAAAGAGGUACAAGUUGGAAAAUGGAAGAAGCAGAAAAUGGAAGAUGUGGAUAAAGAUAUGGAAUCUGGGGAAGGGACUAAUGGGAGAAUUGGAUGGAAAAGAGAAAAAAUAACUCUUGCACACUAUCCAGCCUGGGCCGGCAGACCAUUGGAGAGAAGAGAAAGGAAUGGCAUGCAGAAGUGGCACAACCCAGGAUAUAUGCAAAACAAACAAACAGGAAUCAAGCCUUUCCCUUUUUCCCAUCAUGAAGAGAUACAAAAAAGAGACCAGAAGAAAAUGGAAAGAAAUCUCUCUCCCUCCCCUGUCACCUUGAAGGAGCCAGACUUGCAAACCGCCCAGAAAUACAGAGUGGAUGUCACUUUGGAUGUCAGCACAGUUGGUCCUUUCCUCCUUCCUCGAAUGGAUGGAAAAAGCUUUAGUUCUUCCUCUCACAGAAACAACAUUGCGGGUAUGGAGAGCAUGAACUGUGUGCUGGGCAAGGAGAGAUUCACUUCAGGACGAUGCUACUGGGAGGUGCAGGUAGAAGAUAUGAUGAAGUGGAUUGUGGGACUCUGUAAGGAGUCAGUCAUGAGAAAACAGGGGUGUGAGAUCACACCGAUAAAUGGGUUCUGGACUCUCUCUCUGAGGAAAGAGAAUGAGUACUGGAUUCUCUCUAGCCCUCCAACCCGUCUCCACUUGGGAGUGGCCCCCAAGGUAAUGGGGGUUUUCCUAGACUAUGAAGCUGGCUGCAUCUCUUUCUACAAUGUGACUGAUGAUUCCCAUAUCUGCACCUUCCAGGAUACCUUUAGAGAGGCCCUACAGCCAUGCAUCGGCCCUAGUAACCUCAUACACUUUCCAAACAAAAAAAAGUAUUGAUAUUCCCAACCUCCAAAAGCAGGGGAUUCUCAAGCAAACUUCCUAAAACCAAAAGAGAGCCUGGAAAUUGUUCUGAGUAAGCAGAUAUGAGCUGUUGAGGAGAAGUCAUCUUAUCCACAGCUCUCAGUACAAAUGUGUUUGCCUUUCAUCUUUGUUGGAGGAUACACUGAAUCUUUAGGAGCUUCCCUUCAGCACAGGCUGAGAAUUCUCCUACGUAUCCUUCUCCCUUCAUAUGCACAGCUUUUCUCCUCCAUUUGGUACAAGGCCUUUCCAGGAUUUCUUAUUCGCUUGUAAUGCCCACCUGUUACCCAACUCUCACCCAUGGUUCCAAGAAGCUGUAGAAUUCACAGCAUGGUAACAACUUCUUGGGAGAUGGGCUAAACAAGGUUGCAGCUUAGUGAUGGAUCUCAAACUUCUUGGUGACUUAGAGAGAUGUCUACCCCCAAAAUAUAAAGAUGACCUUCAGCGGAAUGGGCAGAAGAGAACAAUUUGUUCAGUGGCCAUGGAGGCAGCUAAAGUGGUUCUGUGGAGUGUUGGUGUUUUUCUCUUCUUUAAAAUAAUAAUAAUGUGAUGGUUCUCUCUGGGAGCAUGUAGGUUUCUUGGGGAGG